UUUUUCUUUUUUCUUCUUCUUGGAGUUAUUGUAUUUCGUAUAGGAAGUAGUGUUGGGGUGUUUGCACCCUGUUUAUUAAUUCUCUCUGUCUACAUAUUUGUAAAAUUCCUCUGACCCUCACUUGAAAGAUCACUUCUUGGUUGUGGGUUGGUUUGGUUUCUUUGUCUGAUCAAAUCUUUUUAAGACACAGAGAGAGAUAGCAAAAUCUUAUAUUGCACCUAUGAGGAUCAGGAAAAGACAGGUUCCCUUACCUCUAUCUUCUCUAUCUCCUGUACCUCUCUCAGAUCCCCAGUUCCAGUCUCCUGUGGUGCAACUUCAAAUACACAAAAACCCACCUCAAAAUCUCCCUCAACAACCUCAUAGGCUUGCUUGCUAUGAUUCCCAGCCAUCUGAUCAACCAAAUCAACCGAUCGGAGGUGGCCAAGAUUGCUCUGGUAGUGCUGGGGCACAACAAGAAAAGAAGAUUAUGUUGGAGAAAGAUGAGAGAUGGAGAGAUGGAGAGAGGAGUAAUGAUACCAGGAAGGGAAGUUUCAUGGGUGCAGAAAUAGAAACUCUGAAUCUUACACCAUCGAGUUGUUCCCGUCAAGGAGUUGAGAGAUGGGGUGAGGGAGAGAAAGCAUAUCCAUUAAAGGGAAGAGGAAUCUUCGAAAGACCAUCAGAUGAUGAAGAAAUAAUAAUGGAGAAAGCUAAGAAAUUGAAGACAAAGAUGAACAAGAAAUGUGAGCUGCAGAUCAAAGGUAAUAACAAAAAAGAAGAAGAAAGUAAUGAAAUCGUCAAAGAGGGCCUUGGUGGUGCUCCUAAUAAUACUAGUGUUAAAAGGAAAGCUAGAGGUGGUGCCCUUAUGGAAGGAUCGAGGUGCAGUCGUGUAAAUGGGAGAGGUUGGAGGUGCUGCCAGCAAACUCUUGUGGGAUACUCACUUUGUGAGCAUCACUUGGGCAAAGGAAGGCUGAGAAGCAUGAAUAGCGUUCGAAGCCGAUCCAUGGCUCGCACUGCACCUAAGAAGGCCGAGUCCAAGCCAUUAUCGAGCUCGUCCUCAUCAGAGGAAAAACAAACGAAACGUUUAUUAUCAGAUACUAAACUCGAUGAUGUUCCAGCUGAUGAAGAUGGAGAUGACACGAAGCCUUUAAUGAUUGCGAAGAAGAAGGUGAAGCUUGGCAUGGUCAAAGCUCGAUCGAUUAGCAGUUUGCUGGGCCUAGCAAAUAAUGGCAUUGCAGUAUCAGAGAGUAGCAAGUAGAAUUGCAUGUUUAUGAAAUUAAAGUCGAGAGUUGAGUUCAUGUUGAGGACUGCAGUUUUUCCUUCUCUGUUUAGAGGAUCUUAACGAUAGAACAAAACGAUGUUUGAUAAAGUGUAUUUCUUAUAGCACCUCCUCCAUUUUGAUGCUUAUGGUAUGAUCUUUAUAAAAA